ACUUCCAACCAAUGAGCUGCUGCGGUUCUGUUUCACAACCCAGAGGGGGAGGGACUUGUUACCACACAUUUGGAGCGUGUGGCGCCAACGGAGCUCCGUGAUCAGCUGAGAGCUUCGAACUGGGACCUGCUCGUAUUAGUGAAGAGGAACAAGCUUUGCUGACUCAAUAACAAUAUGUCGACAACACGAGCUAAACGUAAAGCUGUUGUGAAGGUUUCAAUGGAUUCAGUCCGACGAUCCUCUCGAACUGUUCAGGCUCCUGAACGUCUUCAGGACUCUCCUGAUCUAACAACAGCGGACACAGCCAACAAGAAGCGGAAAACCAAAGGACGCAAUGAUGAGAACAUUCAGAAUAAGACGCAGGACCCGAAGGAGGAGGAGGAGAAAAGUAGUGAGCGUCUGUCGAGUGGACAUGAGGGACUGUCUGUGUAUGAACUGGAGCGACUGGAGAACAUCAGACAGAACCAGGCCUUCCUGUCCUCCAUCCACCUAUUCCAGGCCACUAAAGAGCUCAAGCAGUUGUCCCGACCAAAAGCAUCGCAGAGGGGUCUCAUGAGGUCAAACACUGCUGCAAAAGAAGUGCUGCCCCCUCGCAAAUCCCUUCGUCUCCAAAACAAAGAUGCAGAGAUCCUGACACUUCCCCCGGAACCCAGAGGACCACUGAUCUAUGAAGAGUCUCGGCAACUUAAGAAGCCUGCUGGUCCUCUGCCCAUGGAUCCACUCAACAUGGAGGAGGGAAGCAAGCUGCCCUCACAACUUCUUAAGAUCUGCUCAGAGAACUCAACGAAAGAAAGAGAAGUUGAUCUUGAUCUAAAAAAUUAUGGCUCGACUCUGAAGCAAAUGAAGAUUACCGAGGAGAGAGUGGCCAAAGUGGUGAAGGAUCGAAUCUUCUCUGCUGCGUUCCACCCCUGCAGCAGCAGCCUGCUGAUGGCCGCAGGAGACAAGUGGGGGAAAGUUGGCCUCUGGAAGUUGGGUGCUGAUUGGGGAGAUGAUGGCGUGCUGGUCUUUGCUCCUCACACUCGUCCAGUUGGCUGUAUGGCGUUCUCCAGGGCGCAUGCCACCCAGCUGCUGAGUCUCAGCUAUGACGGGUCUUUUCGCUGUAUGGAUAUAGAGAAAGGAGUCUUUGACGACGUGUAUGACAUUAAAAAUGGCCUGAAAACCUUUGACUUCAUGUCUCAUGACUGUUUGACACUAGUCGUCGGGAACUGGUAUGGAGAUGUUGCCAUCAUUGACAGGCGCACCCCAGGAAACUCCCAUGAGUCCGUCCACUCACUGGACCGAAAGAGCCUGCGUUGUGUCAGUGUCCACCCUGUGCAGAAGCACUACUUUGCCGUGGCAGAAAGCAAGAUAGUGAGUAUUUACGACAGCAGAUGCCUGAAGCAAACAAAAUGCCAGGCAGUCUCCCAGCUGCACGGCCACUCUUUGAGCAUAUCCAGCGCUUAUUUCUCCCCUCACACAGGGAACAGAGUUCUCACUUCCUGUAUGGAUAACCACAUAAGAAUAUAUGACACAUCUGCAAUGGCCACACAAUCUCCCUUGUUGACAAAGAUCGGACAUGACAUGCACACGGGCCGCUGGCUGAGCAAACUAUCAGCAGUGUGGGACCCCAAACAGGAAGAGUGCUUUGUCGUGGGCAGCAUGUUGAGGCCUCGCAGGGUACAGGUGUUCCACGAAAGUGGGCGGCUUCAGCACUCAUUCAGUGACAAUGACAACCUUACCACAGUGCUGUCCGUCACUGCUUUCCACCCCACUAGGAACGCCCUCCUGGGGGCCAACUCAUCAGGCCGCCUGCACGUCUUCUCUGACUGAGACCAAAACAUGUUUGACCAUCACCUUCAGUUGCCUUUCUCUGACGUUCUCUGAAGCAACAAGGUUUUCCUCAGGGUUGUUUUCCACUUUAAUUCAACACUCUGCCUCAAAAAAUGUUCUUAAUGAUGCCUCUGCCAGUGUUAAUAAUGGAGAGGAUGUGUUAAUCCUGUUACAGUGAUUGUACAACAGCCACAAAAAGCUCAGUUUUGUUCCAGAUGUGUCAGAUUUACAGCUGUACUUCCCGCUAACAGCUGUUUAUCUUCCUUCCUCUCCCUACUCCUGAGGAGACUCGGUCCCUUUGAGAUCACGUCUCCUGAACUUUUCAAUCCUCAUGUGAUUCUGCUGUUUUUUUGUUUUGUUGAUGUUGACUAACCAGCUCAUAAAGUUUUAUUGAAUGUCACACACGUGAUCUGUCAUUCACUGUAUGUAGCCUCUAAAAAUACAUCAGUUACUUCAGUUUUAUGAUUUAACUUGAUACAGAUCAGUGUGGGUUUUAGUAACCAGUUAAGUUGGGUAACUAAUUCAAUUCAGUUGGAUUCAACAUAAUGUGAAAAAGCAAUGAAAAAUGUACCGACACUGAAGGCAGUUGUUUCUGUUUUCUCGUAUUUGUUACUAGUUACACUUAAACAGGUCUCCACAAUCCAAACAAUUUCUAAUCUCUUAAAUCGAUGGUGUUAAAUUCAUGUUUUGUUAUGUUACUUUUGAAGCAGAAAUAAUAAAUAUACAAACUUUUUAUACUUAA